GAAGCGAGCGCACGUCUGUAUAAAAGCGCGAGAGCGCGUUGCUCGAGGCAUAUUUCGACUUCUCGUCAGCCUCGAUUACGAGCCUGAAACCUCGCAUCUUCGUGGACGCGACUCCCCGAAUCGAACAGCAGUGAUGGCCCUGUUUCCAGUGCUGUACGGCGACAACUGGGGUCCCUCCGACUUCGCCCGGCGGUUCUUCAACGACGACUUCGGACGCACCUUCCUCGACGGUGAGCUGUUCGACCCUCCGUUCUUCCACCAGCGAUUUUACCUGGAACCCAGCCGGUUGGGCCGUGCCGCUGCCGAACUCCAGAACCGGACCGGCGAUGCGGUUGCCUGCACUGGCGACAAGUUCGCCAUCAACGUGGACACCCGGCACUUCUCGCC